AUGGCUUUUUAAUAAUUCACUUAUAAGCCUUUGUAUUUCCCUUACCUACUUCCUUUAAAUCUAGAAUUUAAGAAUCAAAAAACUGAUAUUAAAAGAUGGCACAAUUACAAAAGAAGGUUUAUUCGUCACAUUCAUCAAAUUAACAAAGAAUUAUGGACAAUCAUAACACCAUUGAAGAGUUAUUUAAAGACAGAUCAGAGGUCAUUUAAUGCAAGAUAGGAAGGUAAAAUUAAGAUGAACUUUCUAGUAUUAGAAGAAUACAAUCCAUAGUAGGUUGAGAUGAUGAUCCACCGUUGA